CGAUGGAUGACACCACUGCGACCCAGAACGAAUUCCUUACCUUCCUCCUUCUCCUAGGCCACCAAAAUAAUGCUGUAACCGGACUUCGCCGAGCGAUGAGCUCUCUUCGCCUAGUAGAGGGUUACUUGAACCAGGGAGAAUUACUCCUUCGGUCACUUAUAAGGGUGAGAUUACCGUUGCCAUUCUCAGACUUGAUAUUAAAAGCUACGAAACCCGUACCACCUCGGCCGCAAAAAUCAGUUCAUCGAUCGCCGGCAAAAUCUCUGGAGGAGGGAGACGUACUAUCAGGCGCAGAAGAAGAGUCAUCCCUUCCCAUACAAGAAACCAAACUCGCUCGUCCACUGCGAAGAAUAACACAAAGGAUCCCUCCUCCAAGGAUCAGCGAUGGCUUGAAAGCUGAGCUUCAGGCAGCAGGAAUAUCGAUUGAUCCCGCAGAGCCUGCGCCUGUGGAGCCUGUACCCUCGAGCUCGAAGAUGAAGUCAACCAACGGUGUGGCGACGAAGCAUCAACUUUCAAAGUCGCCGAUGCGGAAUAAGGAUAAGGCAAAGAAGGAGAGGAAUUUGCUUCAGAGGGUUGUAGGUUGGGUGUUCAAACGCGAUGCAUGAGUCCUUAAUUUGGACAAAACCAAUGAGGGUACUUAACGAUUCAUGAAUACUGAGAGUAAUGAAUAAUGAACAUUCGUGACAC